AUGUCCUCGUGGCUGCGGAGCGCGGUGAGCAAGGCCGUCGAGGCCGGCGGCCGCAGCGGCGUGGCCCGCACGGUCCUAGGCUACGCGGACGCCGUCGCCCACCACGCCGGCCAGGCCGUCGCCGAGGGCGCCAAGAUCAUCAAUGAGCGCAUGAGCACUCAGAACUACAAAAGUGUCAAGCAAACAGUGAAGCGAUUGGAAGAGGUAGCGGUUUCAUCACGCGAGGAUGAGAGAGUUCAGGUGCUAAGGCGCUGGCUCAGAGCCCUACAGGAGGUUGAGGCUGAAGUUGGAGGUUCGGGUGGGUCUCCUAGGCAGAAUGUCCCUUCAAGCGAGCCAAACUCCUUGAAAGCAUCAUUGGCGAAAGUUUUGUUUUACGAUGCUGAUAUUGGAGGGCCUCCUAUGAAUUUCCGAGAUGUAUUCCUUUAUAGCCAAGCACUUGAGGGUAUUACGUUGUCCAUGAUUCUUGAAGCUCCUAAGGAAGAAGAGGUCUCCCUUCUUCUAGAAAUUUUCGGAAUAUGUCUUACAGGGGGGAAAGAAGUUAAUAAUGCUAUAGUGAGCAGUAUACAGGAUUUGGCAAAGUCAUUCUCAAAUUAUCAUGAUGAAGUCCUGGUGAAACGUGAAGAGCUACUUCAGUUUACGCAAAGUGCCAUUUCAGGUCUAAAGAGGAAUGCUGACAUUGUGAGGAUAGAUGCUGAAGCUCUAGAAUUGUGGAAGAAACUAGAUGAGAAGGAGGCAUCACGAGUUCAAUCAAUUGAUGAUCCUGAUAAAGUUACAGAAAAGACUUCAACUUUUGAGUCUUUCAAAGAAGCACUCACCGAAGUCCGAUUCUGCUCUAGAAUGGAGGAACUUCUAUUGAAGAAAAAAUCAAUUAAUACUGGGGACUCCUUAGAGAUCCACUUCCAAAAGGUUGAGAAAUUAAAGGUAUUGGCGAGUUCCCUUGCUAAUUCAUCCUCCAAGGCAGAGAAGCGUAUUUUGGAUCACAGACGCCAGAAAGAAGAGGCUCUUAACUUUCGUGCUAAAAAGGAGAACGAAGUGAUCGCUGUUGAAAAGGAUUUGACUGCUGAGAUUUCUGAAUUGGAGAAGCAAAGGGAUGAACUUGAGGCUCAGUUGAAGAAGGUCAACAUUUCACUGAAUGCUGCUGUUGGUCGACUAAAGCAGACGAGGGAAGAGAGGGACCAGUUUCAUGAAGCAAACAACCAGAUGAUCUUCAGUUUACAAGCAAAGGAGAAUGACCUGUCAAAAUCUAUUGACUCAUGUAACAUGGAGGCCAGUGUAGUCAAGACUUGGGUAAAUUUCCUCGAGGAUACAUGGCAACUUCAGUCGUCAUACAAUGAACAGAAGGAAAAUAAAACGAAUGACGAGCUGGAGAGAUGCACAAGCAAUUUUCUGAAGUUGACCAAGCAUCAUCUUUCUUAUUUCAAGGAGGUUCUUAGCCCGUCAAUUGAGCGGAUCCGCACAUACGUGGAUAAUUUGGCAGUCUUAAAUUCUAAGGAGGAGUCAAUAGAACAUGGAGGGGAUGAUGAGGUUUCUGAGAAGACAAGUCCACAAAAGUCCCUUGAGGAGGAAUAUUUGGAAACUGAAAAGAAGAUCGUAAUUGCCUUCAGCAUUGUAGAUCGCAUGAAGAAGAUGUUUUAUUCUGAGCAAGGGGCUAAUUCUAGGCAAGAUGAUGCAGAGGUCAGGACCUUAUUUUCUGAGAUUGAGAAACUGAGGGAAGUAUUUGAGUCGGUAGAGAGGCCGACACUAGACAUUGAAGUCCGCAAGGCAAAGGAACCAAUGAAGGACAAGUCUGGAUCUAGUCGUUCAACCAAAGACAAAUCUGAAGCGAGUCAUUCACCUGUUCAGGCACCCUCUUCACCCAAAGAUGUGCCUGUGGACUCUCCGAAAUCUCCAGGGAAAUCUGAGCAGAUGCUGGACACAGAUUCAGAGCUUGCAAAGUUAGAAUUAGAAUUUGGAAAAGUUAAUAAAGACCAUGAGGAGAUAAGCGGUUGGGACUUCGACGAACUUGAAGAGGAGCUGCGAGCUGACAUAUCUAAAUCAAACAAUCCAAAAUAA